AUGGCGUGCAAAUCUCGACGCAGGACACGGCACUCGUCCCGAGCAGUAACCCUUCUAGCCCUCGCCCUCUCCGCACAUGUCGUUCUUGCCGCUUCCGACUCCCCUCUCGUCGACUUCAAUCGCAUGGGCAAGGUCGGCCUUGCAGGGGCAUUCGCAGGUCUCGAUCUCGUCGACAACUCUACUUCUGUAACCUUUGACCCCACUACCGCCUCCCUUCUCUCUCGUUCUUCCGAUGGUUCUCUCUCCAAAAUUGCGUCAACAAAUCCUGGCGGCAGCGUCUUAGCAGGCUGCGCCGUCGACGACGUGUUCUAUUUUGCAGGGAGCUUUACGUCGGUUGGGAGCACUACGGCGGCCAAUGUCGCCUCGUAUUCCUCCUCGCAGAACACGAUCUCUUCUCUAGGUCAAAAUGGCCCAGACGGUGUCGUGCAUACACUCUUCUGCGAUUCGUCACGGAAGCAGGUAUGGGCAGGUGGUCAGUUCAGCUCCCCAGGCGCGUCCGUCGCGGUCUGGGAUAUCGCGUCGUCGUCCUGGUCGGCAGCUCCCUUCGGCGGACUGACCGGUGCGGCUGCUGAAGUCUUGUCUAUAACGUCCAACUCGUCCCAGUCCAGUCUUUACAUCUCCGGCUCUUUCAUCGCAUCUUUUGGCAAUGGCACCGUCGCCAUCAAUGGUACACACAAUCCUAAUGUUCCCUUCUCAACCGGCGCGACUCCAUUCUCGUCGUCUCUCGUCCCCGUACCCCUCCAGGGCGCACAAAUCGAUGCCGGCCCGUCCUCUUCGGACAGCGACUUCAGCAACAUCAACAACACCUUGUGUCCUGCGGGUAGCGACGGCCCCGGCAACACCUGGUUCGCCGCUGACGGAACGAAAGCUGUUAUCACCGUCAGGAAGUUUUCUUUCCUCACUGCGAGAGGAAUACGCAUUGGCAACACUUUCUUGAAUGGCCGGGGGACUACCGCAUUCAGCGUCGCCACAAUCCCCGAUAAUACUGUACAACAGCUGCACUACUUUGAUCCUACCGCCAAUCAGAACAAGUCGUGCACAGACAGCUGUCCCCUGCUCACGGACCCAAAUGUCCCAUACCAAGACUUCUUGUUCGACUCUGAUCUAGACGUCACCGGAUUCCAGUUGACUUUGUCGGCGUUCAAGGGCGAUGGUGCCGGAUUGCAUCUGCUCCAGCUUCUCUCUUCCGGAGCAUUUGCGUCUGCCGUUGACGGGCAGAACGGCCAGUCGUGUUUCGCGCCCGGACCGUCUAGUACAUUGCCAGUAGGUACAUGGACCGUGAAACAAGCCGAUACUUCGAUCGCAGGCACGGUUCAGCAAGUCCUUGUCUCUGAUGUGGAUGUCGGGACUUCUCAAGCCGACGGUCCGAGCUUCACUUGGAUGCCCUACGUCUCCGCCUCUGGAGAGUACGACAUCAACCUACUGGUUCCGGGUUGCACCAACUUCCAGGAUUGUCCUCUCCGUACCAGCGUGCAGGUCACCGUAUUCCCGGGCGGUGGCCAGAACCCAUGGGUGACCAACAUCUCUCAGCAGAACACGCAGGAUUCUACGACUCUCAUCUACAGGGGCCCCAUCGUUCCCACAACCCCUCAAUUCCAGACCACCAUCACCAUGGAAUUGGCGGAAGAUCCCAAAGGCAGCGGACAGAAUGGCAAAUACGAGCUCGUCGCCGAUCGCGUGCAACUCAUCCUGACGAGCGCGAACACGACUUCCUCCAACUCGUCAUCCUCCGGAAGCAACACCACGUCGAUUACGCAGCAAGGAUUCGGCUUCCUGGAAUGGCCGUUGAGCAGCACUUCCACCGUCGCUUCCCAUGCCGCUAUCCCAACUUCCGCGAUCACCAGUCAGGACAACAUUGGGUUUGGCCUCUUGUCUGCCCUUGGCGGAGUCAAUUCGGUGGCAUCCACCACUGAAGCCGUGGCAGCGGUCGCGCAGCACCCUUCUGGUGCUCUCUUCCUCGGCGGUAAGUUCUCGUUGACGUCGGGAUCGGCGAAUGGCGCUUCGAACAUCGCGGUGUAUAAGAAUGGGGCCUUGACGGCGUUGUCCAACAACGGCCUGAAUGGUGCUGUCACGUCCCUCGUCGUUAAUGGAGACAACCUCUACGUCGGAGGCUCCUUCUCUGACACCGCACAGGCUUCGAACAGCGCCCUGAAGGGUGUCGCUGUUUACUCCGUCUCCGGCAACACGUGGUCAGCCCUCGAAGGCGGCGUGAAUGGUGCCGUCACCUCUCUCGAUGUUGCCAACAACCAGAUCCUCGUUGCGGGCAACUUCACGGAACUUCUCAACUCGAGUGGCGGCACCACCGAUCAGAACGCCGGCGGCUUCGCGACGUGGGACGUCUCGUCCGGCAGCUGGGUGAACAGCGGUGGCUUCCUUGUGGGAUCUAUGACGUUCGUCGGCAAUGGCACGUCGGCCAACCCCCAGUUCGUAGCCGGAAGCGUCACCUCCUCCCUGAAGUUCGGCGCAUCCGGUCUCGUAAUGCUGCAGAAUGGCCAGAAUGGCAAGCCCGAGGUCGUCCCUCUUGGUGUCCAAUUUGACGCGAGCAAUGCGGCCAACUCGACGCCCGCGACUGUCAUUCGUCGGUCACACCACCGUCGCUCGGCCACGAGCUGGAUUCCCAACCUGAACGUCAUGACCAUGUUCAAGCGCCAAACUCAGACCACGCUCGCUCCUCUCCCUAGUGCCGCCCCUGCCCCGGCUCCUGCCGUCCUUGCGGGCGUGUUCUGGACGAAUAGCAGCGCUUCGAAGGAGGUCGUCAUCAUCGGCGGCAACUUCUCUUACACCGCUGGAGGUGUCUCUGCCGAGAACAUCGCGAUUUACGAUGCCAACAGCAAGACUGCCGUCGCGCUCAAGGGCAACCAGCCCAACGGCACGAUUCGCGCUCUUCAUGUAAAGGGCAACUCGCUCUACGUCGGCGGCGAGUUCACGAUCCAGGGUGUCGAGACCAACGGGUUUGCUAUCUACGACCUGGCGAAUCAGCGCUGGGACCAAAACGGCGUCGACUCGCUCCAGGCGGGCUCGGGUUCGAGUGUAGUCGUGCGCUCUAUCAGUGAUUCCCCCGCGGACGAUCACACUGUUGUCGUUGCGGGAUCGUUCGCACAGGCCGGGUCGACACCUUGCCGUGCGAUCUGCUCGCUCGACAGCACUAGUCGCAAGUGGUCCGCGCUUGGGAAUGGCAUUCAGGGUGAUGUUUCUGCCGUGGUUUAUGCCGGAAGUGACACUCUCAUUGCUGCCGGCUCUAUCGCUCUCGCAGACAGCACGCAUGCGAACGUCGCCUCCUACGAGCUCUCCAACAGCACUUGGUCGUCUGUCGGAGACGGCAGUACUCUCCCUGGUCCUGUCACCGCGGUUGAGGUCGACAACAAUAACAAGAGCGCCGUCUUCGCGGCUGGUCGUGCGUCCGAUGGCUCGUCGUCCUUCCUAUACUUCUGGGACGGCAAGAAUUGGAACUCUGUUGGCUCUACCCUCGAGAGCACGACAGAGAUUUCGCAGUUGACCAUGGUGCCCCUCCAGAACACUCACGCCAGCAAUGGUAUCAUUGAGCCGGACCGUGUCUUGAUGAUCUCUGGCACGCUGUCGGACUCUUCGUUCGGGAACGCGUCCUCCGCUCUCUUCGAUGGUGCAACCUUCAUCCCGUACGUGGUGUCGACUUCUCAAUCGGGAGCUCCUGGUACUGUUGCUGGCUUGUUCCGCUCGUUUGCGACCUUCAGCUUCACGCAGAAGCACUUUCUCGCAACUGGCGUCGUUAUUCUCAUCUCAAUCGCCAUCGGCGCCGGUAUCGUCUUCCUGCUCGCGCUGAUCGAGAUUCUCUGGACGCUCUUUGCACGCCGUGAUGACAAGGUCGGCCCCGUCGCCCACGAAGACUUCGAUACUGACGACGACUCGACCCACCGCCCGUCCUCGCUCCUCGAGCAUAUCAACGCCGCCACGCGCUCGACCAUCCUCGGUGCGCAGAGUCCCUUUGGACUCAACGCUGAGAAGGAGGCUGGCUACGCCGUCGCCGCCGGCGCAGCGGCGCACGAUGACCCAUUCAGCGGCCCCGACGGGAGCAACUACGUCCGUGCGGAGACGCCUUCGGAUGCGCUUGGAGGUGGUCUAGACGGCGAGGAGCAGAGCAGGCCGGCGUAUGCCCGCUACUCGUUCGAUGGUAGGGGUGAUGGUGAACUUGCGUUGAGAACGGGCCAGGAGCUCGAGAUUCUAGACGAUAGAGACGCUGCGUACGUUUCUUUUCUCUCCCCAGCUAUGCUCGCCUGA